UGAAGUGUGCUCGAAAGUUGGCCAUAUUGCUUCAAGACAGCGAGUUUGGUGCGAUUCUGCCGUGAGAUUUCUGUGUUUUGCUGCACAAAUAGCGAAGCUGGUAUUGAGAUUUGUCGUGAAAAUAGCGCGGAAGGAUGUCAGGUAUAGCAAUUGCGCGUCUCGGUGAGGAGAGGAAGGCGUGGCGGAAGGAUCACCCAUUUGGCUUCGUAGCGCGCCCCACGAAGAACCCGGACGGCAGCCUCAACCUCAUGGUGUGGGAGUGCGCGAUUCCCGGCAAGAAGGGGACGCCCUGGGAAGGUGGCCUGUUCCGGCUGCGGAUGAUCUUCAAAGACGACUUCCCCACGAGUCCGCCCAAGUGCAAAUUUGAGCCACCGCUGUUCCACCCCAACGUCUAUCCGUCGGGCACCGUGUGCCUGUCGCUCCUGGACGAGGAGAAGGACUGGCGUCCGGCGAUCACCAUCAAACAGAUCCUGCUGGGCAUUCAAGAGCUGCUCAUGGAGCCCAAUAUCAAAGAUCCUGCGCAGGCGGAAGCGUACACAAUCUACUGCCAGAACCGACUAGAGUAUGAAAAGCGGGUGCGAGCACAGGCCAGGGCCAUGUCGGCCACGGAAUAGGCGCGCUAUCUCACACUUGUGGCUCCUCUCGCGGAUGGAUUCGGCCCGCGGGCGGCAUCUGUCCUUUCACCACAUAGAUUUUCUUUAAGUUCACUUUCAAUUGACAAUGACUGGUCAGAGGAUCGCAUAAUUCCAUUAAUUUAACUUAAAUCUGCAGUAAUUGUCCUAAUUGAAUUGGUUUUGCUGCAACAAUGUAGAGAGAAUUUUCUGUUUUUUUUCUUAAUUCUGUUUUUGCUUUUGGCCGCUGGCGCGAAAGCUGGCGGUCGAUUAAAAGGAAAAAUCUUCUAUUGGUAAAUUAUAUGAGAAAACAGGAGACAAGGCGAGGCUCAGGACCUUUCCUCAAUUGGCCGAUGGGAUUCGCAGAGAAGUGAGAAAUUUAUACACGAUGAGGUUAAUUUAAUAAUUCAAAUUUAUUGUAAGGAAUCUUAAGGAUUAAUAAUGAGUGAAGUAUAAAACGAAAAAUCAUUUUCAUUUCAUGAUACAGAGAAAAGAAGAGGUAAAAUGAUUAAAUAAUUAUGCUUCUUGUUUUUUUUAGUCUUCAGUAUCAUUGCUGUAUUUACACAACACUAGAGAAAAAAAAUGAGUUUCUUCUUAAAAAAAACAACAAAAAAAAUCUUUAGUUCGGGUUAGAAUUUCCUUUUUUGCGCUUCCUUCCUUCCGUGAAAUAUAUUCGUGUUUUCGUCUUUAUUUGUUUAAAUUAAGGUAAUUACAAAAAAAAAGAAAACAGUGAGAGAGAGAACAAUUAUAUAUGGCAUUAGAAUAGAAUAUUUUUCUUCACAAUUAGAUUCUUCUUCGUUUUUUUUUCUUCUUAAUACCUUUUUUUAAUUUGCAUUCUUAAAAUUGUUAGUGACAUCACCAAAAGCGUCUCCUCAACCCGAUAUUUCGCACAGUUCCGUGUCCCAAUUUGUUGUGCGCACACAAUUCUUUUUCAGGGCGACUUUUCUCUUACAGGAAAUACAGUAAUAGUUUUUAAAUAAAUGGAAUAUAUAAAUAUACUUGAUUGCUAUUUAUCCUCAAUAAAUGGAAUUCCUUCACUAAA